AUGACGUCUUUUUCUCUUUUCACCUUGUUCUUGUCCUUUUUCAGCGAGAUGUGCGUCAAACUUCUUUUCCCAUUCAUCUUCCUCUUUCCUAGUAGACACUUCGCGCUGGCGACGGGAUGGAUCGGUUACUUUAACUGCUCAAUUCCAUUUCCCACUCGGAUCUUUAGGACCCCAGGAGUCGUUGGUGCGGAUCCGAAGGCAGAAGCAGAGGCGGAGACAGAGAGACACAAGCGGAGUUGCAAGCAGAAGCAAGCGGAGGAGGAGAGGUGGGUGUGUAUGUGUGCUAUCGAACUUGGUAUGAUAUUAUGGUCUUUGAUUUUGUUGGGUGGCCGCGGGAAACGGGAAUACAAAAAGCGAAGGGAUAUUUUAUCUGAGGUUACUUUGCGAAAAACGAAAAAAAGAAGAAACAAAACCACAAAACGGCCAACGGCGAGGAUUCUUUUGUAUUCUAUAUUCUCCUGGAACGUACCAAUAUCGAUACCCUUGUAA